GAAAACCUCCUGGUCCAGACUUGAUGGAACCUUAUUUUUUGAAGCUGGCAGCGGAUUAUAUUGCAGAACCACUUUCAAUUCUAUUUAAUUUUUCAAUUAAAACCAAAGAAAUUCCAUCGGUUUGGAAAUCAGCUUUUCUCUCUGUAGGACAGCUGCUGGAGAGAGCCAACAGAAACUACACACCUGACAUUGAUGAGCCUACAUUAAUCGGAGGUGACAUUGCUAUCAAGUCUGAAGCUGACAGAAAUGCUGACCCCUGCACCUCCAGAGGCUGUAUGUGGGGAAAGUGGAGUGAUGGGAAAGUCUAUGUCCCGUACUACAUUGCCAAUCACUACUCUUCCCGUGAGAUUGCCAUCAUCACUCGUGGACUAGAGUCCUUCUCUUCAGUUUCCUGCAUUCGUUUCAGACCCUACCAGGAUGGCGAUCGUGAGUGGCUGAGCAUCGAGUCCAGAAAUGGCUGCUACUCCUAUGUGGGUCGCCAGAGUGGUGGUCAAACUGUGUCUCUAAGCCAUCAGGGCUGUCUUUACCACAGCACUGUCCAGCAUGAAUUACUCCAUGCCCUAGGCUUCAAUCACGAACAGACCCGUUCUGACAGGGACAACUACAUCAGGGUGUACUGGGAGAACAUCCUUGAUGACAUGGAGUACAAUUUCUAUAAGACUGAUACUCUAAACCAGGGAACUCAUUAUGACUACAACUCUGUCAUGCAAUAUGAGAGGUAUGCCUUCUCCAAGAACAACCAACCCACUAUGGUGCCCAUUCCUAAUAGCAAUGUAAUGUUGGGUGGGGCCACUCAGAUGAGCAAAAAUGAUAUCGAUAGGUUGAACAGACUCUACCAGUGCUGUAAGCAUACUGCACCAAGUACAGCAUGCAACACACACAAAGUGAUACUGUAUUGCAAUCAAAGUCAGCUAACUUUAAAAUCACAAACUGUGUCUGAAAAGACAAAAUCUGGAGGUCUUUAAAGCUCCUUUCUUGCAU